UGUUCCUCCCGGGGCCUGAUCUGCCGCCUCCGUGCGCCGGGGCCGCUCGGUGGCUCCCAGGGAGCGGACGCGGACGAGGCCGCGCUGCCGCUGCCAUGCUUUGGCUAGGCCAGCCGUGCGCCCCGCAUGCGCUUCUCCCCAAGGGGCUGCUCCAGGCUGCGAGCGGGAGCGCGGCCCUCUGGGAAGCCGCCAGGAGCCGCCUGCAGGCGGCGGGGGCGCCUCGGGGCGGGGGCGCCGCUGCUGCCCGGGGGCGCCUCCUGAGCGGGCAGGUGCAGUUUCAUUACGCGGCCGCGGCGGCGGCGGCGGCGGGGAAAGAAGCUCGGCGCGGGAGGCACCCCGCGGGCAGCCACCCGCUCCCCCACUGCCGCCUCCCGCGGGAGUCGCUGCUGCCCAGCCCUGUCCGCUUCUGGUUCGCGGUGGCUGCUCCCCGCCGGGGCGAGAGCGAGCGGCAGCUCCGGCUGCUCCACUUGGGUGCUCGGGAGGCGGCCGACCCCCACCGGCGGCGCUCGGAGAUAAGCCUGCAAGCAACCGGGAGUCACUUCCCCGCCGGCGGCGGCGGGGGAAGCAGGGAGAACAGUACCCUCGGUUCUCGAAAGGACACUAGUGGAUCCUCAGAAAAUGAUCGGACUGAUUCUAGCCAGGAGGAUGGAAAGAAACCAAACAAAUCACAACAGCUGAAGAAAGUUUUUAAGGAAUAUGGAGCUGUAGGCGUAGCAUUCCAUGUUGGGAUUUCUUUGAUGUCUUUGGGAAUAUUCUAUCUAGCAGUAUCAAGUGGAGUGGACAUGACUACUAUUCUCUCCAAGUUGGGACUCGAUGACGCUGUGGUACAAUCCAAGCUAGCUGCUGGGACAAGUGCUUUUGUAUUGGCCUACGCUAUCCACAAACUCUUUGCGCCUGCCCGAAUCAGCAUCACCUUAGUCUCUGUGCCAUUGCUUGUCCGAUAUUUUCGGAAGAGAGGUUUCUUCAAGCCUCCACCUUCAAGCCCAUGAUUUUAAAACCGUGGAAGGAAAAAGGACAUGGCCCUGCUUCUUAAACAUUUUGCAGUUGCUGCACCUUGGUGAUGCUUCUGUAUGGAUUCUAGGAAUGCCCCAAUGGAUUGUCUCUUUUGUGGAGAGUGAGGAAGUGGUUUGUUGAGAUAAAGUUUUAAAACUA